CCUGUCUUGUUUGGUGUCGCCGCUUUCCCCUCCGUCGAGCGCCACCAGGCCACGCAGACACACGCUCAUUGGUCAACGAGCGAACGACGGCAUGACCUCACUACACUCAAAAGGGGCAGGAACGCUCACAACGCUCCCACACGCGGGCACAGAGGAAGCCAAGCCAGCAACCCCACCGCCCGUCGAUGCAUCAUUGCGAGAGGGUUGCAUACUUCCGGCUAGACUGACACAGACUCGGUUUCGCUACACACGACGAAGGAAGGCGGCGCUCUCUACUCAUCAACUAACUACACAGGAAGACCUACCUACCUACCAAUUCAUCUACCAGCCGCGACCACGCCCUCCUCACGCCCUACCACUGUAAGAUGUACACGGGUACGGCCCAAGUGGUUGGCUUGGCGGUUGUCAGCGCACGUAGUGGAGCCGGUAUCGGCCGCACGCGUCCUUGAUGGCCCUAUCGAUGUACCUGACACACACAUCUAUCCAUCCAUCCAUCCAUCGGUCGUCGAACUCGUCCGUGUCUGUGUGGGUGCGGCUCACAUUUAAGCGUCCUCCCCCCCGGCUGAGCACAUCUCCCCGCCCUCGAAGGCGUGCAUCUCCGCCAUAAUCUCGCCCCGAGUGAUGCCCUUCGACUGCACAUACACACACACAGAAUACAUCAACCAUCCUCUACGUGUAUCCUCCUUGUGUUCUCGGGUGGGGGGGUGUGCCACACCACACACACCGGGGUUUUAGCCUUGAUGGCGAGGGUCAACACGCGGUGCACACCACACUGGCGUACGGAUGGCGGUGUGGAUGGGUCACCUACCUUUGUCCAUGUCGUUGGCGUUGGUGAAGAUGAUGCUCUCAUACGGGUACACCACCUCCUGCGAUACCCAUCCAUCAGACACACAUGCAUACACAUGACCUGCCUGGGCUUCUUACGUCCAUGGGUUUCUUGUGGCUGGCCAUGUCUUGAGGUCCGAAUCCACCUAUGUGGAUCUCAUACACGUCGGGGUGGAUGAUGCCCUCCAGGUCGAUGAACCGGGGCUCUUUGCGCCGCUUGCCGCCCUUGACCUCCUUCAAAACCUCCUGGACCACACAGACACACAAACACGGUAGAUCUGCACGGAGUCCUCCCUCACGAGCCGUACCUUUCCGGCCUCGUAGUCCUUCAAUGACAUGCCCUUCUGGCGCGGCACCUGCUGCUUCUUCUGUGAGCUCAUGGAUGGGGAGUGGAGGGACAGUUGCUGGUCGAGACGAGGCGAGAAAGAACGACG